CCAUAUGCAUGUUGCCCGGGCAAGAAGAAAAAGAAGCUUUUGACAAAAUUUACCUUUCGGCUUACAUGUGGCAGAGUUGUGUUGACUUUUGCUUGGAAACUUCGACUUUUUUGUAAAAUAGAAUGGCCAGUUUAAAAAGGGAAGUAGAUAACUUACAGGAAUUGGAACGCCUCACCGCUGAGUUGCGUGCCCAAAUUGAAGAGACCAAAAAAGGUGUGGGCUUAGAAGAAGAUGACGAGGAGCUAACAAAAUUACAACUGGAGAAUAGCAAACUUAAGCAUCGUUUGGCGAUAUUGAAAAAUGCCAUAGAAAAUGAAAAGGGCAGUGGUAAAGUGUCCACCUCAUCAGCAAGUGUUCCUGCGACAACAAAAGUUUUCACACCCGCCGAGAUUCCUGCCGUAAUCAAUACUUUGGUUUCUAUUAGUGACCACUUGUUGGAUUUGUUUACAAAUGCCAUUGCUAAGGCCUUCCCCCAGCUUGCUGGAACGGCGGCCAUAAUCUCCCCAGUGAAUUCUAAUGCAGCCAAAUUUGGUGAUUAUCAAUGUAACAGUGCUAUGUCUUUAGCCAAGACCUUGAAGUCCAGUGGUAUAAAUAAAUCCCCACGUGAUAUUGCGAAUGAAAUACUUAAGCAAUGUCAAGAAUCGCCAUUGGUUGAAAAGUUGGAAGUCGCCGGUGCUGGAUUCAUUAAUGUGUUCUUAAAGAAAUCUUAUGCUGUGGAUGCCUUAACAAACAUGUUAAAAUCGGGUGUUAAUCCACCGCAGGUGAAAAAACAUCGGGUACUUGUUGAUUUCUCUUCUCCCAACAUUGCCAAGGAAAUGCAUGUGGGUCAUUUAAGAUCAACAAUCAUUGGUGAAUCCAUCUGUCGUCUUUUGGAAUUCAUGGGCCAUGAUGUGUUGCGUGUAAAUCAUGUUGGUGAUUGGGGUACCCAAUUUGGUAUGUUAAUUGCUCAUUUGGAAGAUCGAUUCCCCAAUUUCCUACAAGAAAGUCCUCCAAUUGGAGAUUUACAAGCCUUUUACAAGGAAUCAAAGAAGAGAUUUGAUGAAGAUGAAGAUUUUAAGAAGCGUGCCUACAGCCGUGUAGUACAACUACAAAGCGGAGAGCCUAACUCAACAAAAGCCUGGAAUUUAAUUUGUGAUGUUUCACGUCGCGAAUUCCAAAAGAUCUACGAUCGUUUAGGUGUUACCCUAAAAGAGAAAGGGGAAUCCUUCUAUCAAUCACGCAUGAUUGAGGUGGUUAAGUUUCUGGAAUCAAAAAAUCUGUUGGAAUUGGACGAUGGUCGUAAGAUAAUGUGGCCCACUGCUGAUAAGAGUGGUAUACCAUUGACUGUGGUAAAAUCUGAUGGCGGUUUUACUUAUGAUACCUCCGACAUGGCUGCAAUACGUUAUCGUUUGGAAGAAGAAAAAUGUGAUUGGUUAAUUUAUGUCGUUGAUGCUGGACAAAAUACGCAUUUGAAAAACAUUUACCUAGCAGCUGAGAGAUGUGGCAUUUUAAAUCCCGAAAAACAUCGUGCCGAACAUGUCCAAUUCGGUGUCGUCUUGGGUGAAGAUGGUAAAAAAUUCAAGACACGUUCCGGUGAGACAGUUAAACUGUCCGAUCUAUUGGAUGAGGGUUUGAAACGUUCAUUGGACAAGUUGGUUGAAAAGGAACGUGAUAAGGUAUUGACACCCGAGGAAUUAAAAGCUGCCCAGGAAUCUGUUGCCUAUGGAUGUAUUAAAUAUGCCGAUUUAAGUCACAAUCGUACAAAUGAAUAUGUGUUCUCCUUUGACAAAAUGUUAGAAGAUCGUGGCAACACAGCUGUCUACCUUCUGUAUGCAUUUACCCGUAUUUGCUCCAUAUCACGUAACAGCGGUGAAGAUUUCUCUGAUUUGACUAAAGUUUUGGAGACUACAAAAAUCGAAUUAGAGCAUGAAAAAGAAUGGAAAUUGGCCAAGACUUUACUUAAAUUCCCCGAUGUGCUAGUAAAAAUCUCCAAAGAUCUUUUACUGCAUGUUUUGUGCGAAUAUUGUUAUGAGGUUUCUACGGUAUUUUCGGAAUUCUAUGAUAAUUGUUAUUGCAUAGAAAAGAAUAAGGAAGGAAAGAUUGUCAAAGUCAAUCGUAGCCGUAUUUUGCUAUGCGAAGCCACAGCUGCUGUCCUAAGGAAGUGCUUCUUUAUAUUGGGUUUGAAACCGGUGUCUAAGAUUUAAAAAUGUAUUUCUGCUUUCGUGGUUCGAAUAACAAACAAAGUUCAACAAAUGGACAAUGGAUAACACAACUCACUAAUUUUGAAAAGUAUACUCUUAAAUAUUGAAUAUUUAAGAAUAAAUCACAAAUAAAAAAAAUAUAAAAUAUUUUGUAAUCAACUGAAAAUAAAAUGAUUUUAGAUUUCUUCAAGAAUUUAUAUAUCUUGUGUACAUUAA